CGACCGCAGUGAGAACACUGACUCUAGUCGGAAUCAGUCGUGUCUUCGUAGUCAGCUCUGCGCCGUUUAAUUUCACCUAUCGGGUGUGGACUUUUGAUCACCUAUUUAUUGGACUCUGUGGAAUUCUUCAUCGACGCUUCGAAGCUCUUCGAUUGCAAAGAGGAUUUGCUUGCGACUUUUACCUUCGCCCACCCACUAAACUACCGAGACGUUCAACAGGAUCGAUUACACUUGACAGGCUGCUUGCAUCAUAGACAAACGUUUCUAUACCUGAUCGGAUUCCGGAGACCAGCAUGAAGCCCAGAGGAGUUUCUCAAGGAGUUACCAUCUGGUUCGUCUGGGCGAUUGUCUUUUCUCUCAACGGCGAUGACGUCAGGACUCAACAAAUCCCUCGGCCCCCUUUCGAUGCCAACGAGCAACCUCUGUCUGACACUCAGAGAUCCUCAGUGUCUCUGGGCGAAUUGGAAGUGAUAGAAGGUGGUUCGGCUAUCCUGCCAUGCGAUAUGAGUCUGCCAUCAUUGGACGAUGCCAUUUACCUUGUUGUUUGGUUCCUCGAACCCAACAAGAAGCCGAUCUACACGUUCGAUGCCCGCGGAAAGCCACUUUCGAUGGGCCGGCGUUGGUCCGAAGUUGUUUCAUUUGGACUGCGCGCCGAUUUUCGAUUCUCUCUUCACGGGCAGAUCCCCAGCAAAGGUCACUUGAUUAUCAACGGGACAACCUUGGCCGACGAGGGCAUCUACCGUUGCCGUGUGGAUUUCAAGAACUCGCCCGCCCGCCAUUUCCGAGUUCAACUGAAUGUCACAGUGCCGCCGUCGGAACCGAGAAUCACGGACGAAACGGGCCGCGAAAUCCGCUCAGCCAAACUGGGGCCGUUGAAGAAAAAACAAUGGGCCGUGCUUCAGUGUCACGUGACGGGCGGCAAACCUUCGCCGGAGGUCGAGUGGUACACCAACGGCCAACGCUUCGCCUCGACGACCGGCCUGGAAAUGCACAACGAUCUCCAACUCGGAAAUGGCAUAUUAAACGACCAACAUCCGGACUCCAACGCAUUGCUGCAACAACAGCAACAACAGCGAAUCAUUGUUCGCGAGAUCAGGGUCGGGCCGCUUAAUAGAUCCCACCAGGACGCCCAGUUCACCUGCAGAGCUUCAAACAGCCGUGCCAUCGCCCCCAAGACUAAAACUGUCACCCUGGACAUUCAACUACCGCCAUUGAAAGUGGAUAUCUCCAAGGUGGAAACCCGAUUCGUAGCCGGUGAGAGUAGCGAGAUCCGUUGCCAGACGUUCGGCUCCCGUCCAGCUGCAUCCAUUAGCUGGUGGAAAGACAAUGUUCGUCUUUCGGAUUCUUCUUACAAGGUAUUUGAUGACGAAAAGGGCAACUUGACGACGAGCGUUUUCCGAGCCAAUUUCACCAAAGAAGACAACGGCCGGACGCUAACCUGUCGGGCUUCCAAUCGCCUGCUGGAAGCCAGCGCCAUUGAAGACUUCCUCCGCCUGGAUGUUCAAUUUGCUCCGAUGGCAACGCUGCGCCUCGGCCCAACCUUCAAAGCCGACUCAAUCAAAGAGGGUGACGAUGUCUACUUCGAGUGCUCCAUUCAGGCCAACCCGGACGUGACUCGUCUGGUGUGGAAACAUGAGGAUCGGACUCUUGUGUACAAUGCCAGCGCCAAGAUAAUCAUGUCCAACCAGAGUCUGGUUCUGCGAGGAUUGACUCGCCAAAGGAGCGGCCAUUACAAGUGCGUCGGAGUCAACGCUCGUGGCGAAGGGUCCAGCAACCUGGUGCCGCUGACUGUCCGCUACACUCCCGUCUGCCGCUACCCGUCGAGGAACAUUCGCGGAGCCGAGCGCGGCGAUUUUCUGAACCUGUCGUGCUCCGUCGAUGCCCUGCCGCUUCCCACCAAAUACAGAUGGGCAUUGAACACGACGCGGGGCUGGCGGGACAUAAUUGCCGGAUCGCCUGGAUCGUCGACUGCGAUGAGUAGUAGCAGCAGCAGCAGCCCGUUGGUAACUUUGUCAUCAUCGACCAACGAGGAGACCCUUCGUUUCCGUCCCGAAUUGGAAGCGGAUUUCGGGACGUUGGCGUGUUGGGCCUACAGCGAUCUCGGCUGGCAACAGGAUCCGUGUCUGUUUCGCUUCUACCCUGCAGGUCCACCCGAGAGUUUGUCAAAUUGCAGUGUACUCAACCAAACGGCGGACAGCAUCCAAGUUUCAUGCAGUUCCAAUGACGACGGUGGCUUGAAGCAAACCUUUCAACUACAGGCGAUGGACGUCAUGACGGGCCAGCCGCAACUGACGUUACAAUCGGAUUCCGUUGCCGAAUUUUGGCUGACAGAUUUGGAACCUGGCUCAACUUUUAUGCUCUACCUGUACGCCGUCAACGUGAAGGGACUGAGUCAGCCUGUCGUUUUGCCGGUUUCGACGCUCAAGGAAGCGGCCAAGCGGACGGUUCCACCUUCUACGGACCCCCUUUCCGGUAGGGUUGCCGGAGCUGUGGCGUUGGGCACGGGGGCCGGGCUCCUGCUCUUGUCGACGAUCGUCGUAGCCGCCUGCAUUCGUUGCCGGAAGAGACGGAACGACUCAGCCAUGACAAUGACGUCCUUGACAGCACUCGCCGAGCAGGAUCAGUACCACCAGCAGCCAAAUCAGGGCCACCACAGCAACGGGAUCAAUCAUCAGUCAACCAGCAAGAGCAGUAGGCUGGCUCACACGAACGGCGAGUUGGUUAACGAGACGUCCGCCGAAUGUUUCGCCUCUCAGAAUGAUGACAGAAGCGCCGGUUUCUAUCCGCGAUCGACGAGAGUGCCAGCGCCUCCCUACGUCGCCGGCAGCAACAAAAACAAUUGUUUAAAAUUACCUCCCGACUACGUCGCCGAAAUGUCGGAGGUACCUGAAAGUUGCGUCUGAUAUCCUUCCCCUCCCCCUCUCCCCACAGUUUCCUUGUUUUUCGUCACCCAUAAAUAAUAUCCGUCUCCAUUUUGUCGACAUGUCAAAAUCCACCUUCGGAAAAUGUCUUCGCGUUGUGUUCACGCUGAACGGCCGCGCAAUCGUGGAUUUGGAUUCAAGUGUUGCGAACCCAGUUAUAUACAUAGGCCCCCCCCCCCCCCCCCAUAAAGAGAUUGAUACCAAAUUAUUGAAUAGGAUUUUUACCGAAUUUAAAAUCAUCAUUCACAGCUCUUGGUGGUCGUUUACCGUUUCUCUGUCUCCAUAUACUCUCACGUGCACACGAUCAUGUACCUUUCUGUAACGUUCAAAUUACUGUGUCAUCCGUGAUUGUUGGGACAUAUUUAUUUUUAAUACCCACGCGUUCGAAAUAUCCCCCCAAUGCGAUAGCUCUGUAUUUGUUACGUGAGCGACCUGUGCUGUGUGAUGCAUACUACUUUAUUAACUAAGAUGAAAAUUCCGACGAUUUUUGAAUUUUUUCCUUUUUUUUAUGGGCAAAUUUCUCGCGUUCAUAGGUUCGUUCGUGUUCUCAUUUUUCUCGACAUUUUUUCCUUCGCACACAAGACAAGGUUAUUUAUACCAGAGAGACGUCUAAUCUAUACAUAUAUAUAUUAUAAAAAAUACGACAUUAUAUUUGUUUUGUGCUCAUGAUUGUGCAAGUUGAAUGGCGGGAGUGGGCGUGGUGUCUUACUCUCACUCUUCCGUCGGGCACUAAAUUUCCAUUCCUGUUGAACAGAGGCAUGGGUGACGUGAAACUGUCAAAGACGCUAAUGUCUUAAUAUUGAAUUCGAUUGAAUACAGUCAAUAUGCUGUCCACCCUGAAAAUAACUUCACUAACCGCUCAUUCGGUCGGAAAUUAUUUUCUCUUGUGAUUGACUUUCCCAUCGAAAAAGUGUGUUCAUCCAUCACUUUUAUUCGGAGCGGUUAUGCCCCCACCCCCGCAUUGGGCGUGGAAGUUGGCAGAGCAACGGUUUCGUUCCAUUUCAGGCCGACAGCUCGUCCGUUUCCCGUCAUUACAUGUAAUAAUCUUAAUAAUAGUUUCCCGUUAUUUCCACCGACUUUCGUUCUUUCUCCUCUUUACAACAGGCAGCUCGCUUUUCUAGGCCAGCAACGGCUGCUGGAUAUGAGGUGAAAGAGCCUUAUAAGUUAUAAUAACAAAGUCAUUUUAUCAAUUUAUUCUGGCUUACUCGGCCAGACUUGGGAACAAAAAAGGCGAGGUACUAAGGGCCUAUGAUUCUUUGAAUUUUCUGAUGUUUUCUUAUUCGCGCUAAAAGAUUUAAACCGUAACGCUGGGAAAAGAGAAAGAGGUUCACGAAAUAAAUGAGAAGCCAGUCAUAGUUGAAUACGAAGGUAAAUUUCACGGCAGUUUGAAGACACGUGCUCCAAUCGAUUUUCUUUGGAUCGUUGCGCGUAGCGCCCACUUGAAAUCAGCUCAGCUUUUAUUUCCCAGUCUUCAUUUUGAAGUGAACAAUCAGAUAAAUUGUCCUUUCACCGACAGGAAUUGAAAAAGAAGAAAUAAUCUGUAAUAAUCAAAUUAACGUGUCAGCAGCGCUGGCAGAAAUGCGUCACUCUAGAAUCGAAUCUUUGAGCAAACAAAAUCAGCAGAGCUGCCAGCCCUGGAUAAAAUUGAGAUUUAUUUCAUCCAGUCGGAUAUUGUGUGAACGAGGAUUUCUCUUUUUGCCAUUGUAAUCGUUUCCUCUAGAAAUUGCUGAGAAUGCGGGACAGUUUCGAAGAAAAGAUUUCAGAUAGUAAUUUGCAUCCGACACAAAGGGUGUUCAUGUGUAGACUGGUGUACAUGUAUACACGUCACAUUCAGCAGGGAAGAGUGUAAAGAUAUCAGGAACUGACAUGAUCAAUAAUCUUGGCAGAUUCUGGAGAGAGUUGGAAGCAUGGUCCAGAUCGAACCAGGAAAGCAAGUAAUAAAUAUUGUGAUGUGAGCGGAAAAGGGAAGAGUCACAUGAAUACUCGUGAGUCUAUUAUUGGAUAACAUAAGCCCGAGUCGCAAAAAUUCAAUUUCAAAACAUUUCGUUCGGGAACUAACUAGACUUCUCUGGUUGCACGACUUGUUUUCCAUUUUUCACUCUUGUUUGCAUCGAAUUGAACUCGUUGAAUCACAUCUUUGAGAUGAUCAAAACCUUAUCUUUUAUGGUGUGGGUUGUACGUGCGUCACAUCCGGAAGCAAUGGAGGGAUUGGCCGCCUGGAUUUCGGCUUGGGAAAAGGGAUUGUGACUUUUGGGCGUAAAUAAUUUCCGGGUUGGAUCAGUCAAUUAUGAAUGACGUUUGGAAAGAAAGCCCCGAAAAAUCCCAUAAGAACUCUCGCAUAUGAGUUCAAAAUCAUUAAAAAUGUAAAAUUAUUUCGUCGUUGUCGUGGGCAUUCGGCAUUCCAGGCGUGAAAAGGUAAGGCACAAUUGAAUUUAAAUAACCAAAAAUAAACGAAUUAAUAUUAUCUAAAAAUAGUAUUCGUUAUAUUGGAGAUAAGCGACGCUGUCUGAAAAUGAUUAUAGUAGCCUACAAGGUAAUUUAAGAUAAUUUGGUGAGGGAACUGCUCAAAAAGAGAAACUGAGCGAAAGUUUGUCGUUGACGAGAAAGAAAAGACUGACGUCAGAAAGUCAAAAAGCUGAAAUCGUUCGCUUUCUAUUUAGCAUUUUAUUAGGAAAACCUCCUCUGUCUAAAAAUUUGCCUUUGACGAAUUGAUGAAACCGUUCCAUGGAUUCAGAAAGAAAUUCACGAAGAAAGAUAAUGUAUUCAGUCUAUCAACAUAUUUCAAAUGAGAGCUGAAUAAAUCUCAGAGCCAAUUUCCUCACCUUUUCCUUUAUAUUUUCCAACCUUCCACCACCGCCAAAGGCGUAGGUCCCCGUUGGAUCAACCCGGAUAUGGCUGCACUUCCAUCUCUUAGAAGUUAGAUCCCUGUCUGAUUCUACUUUUUCAUAUUUACGAACUGCUGGUGAAUCACUGCAUUGCAGGGACGAAAAAUUGUUUAUCAUCCGACUAUUACUAAUGGAAUAAUAAAGGUUAACCACGUUAUUUCUCUGAAAAUAUCAAUUACAAAUUUUUCUGUAUUUUAAUUGCAAUUUGAAAUAAAUUUUCCGGUCACACGGAUAUUCGAACAUAUCUUUCAUACAUACUUAUGAAC